AUGGAUUUGGAGAAUGCCUUGAGAAGAGCUCGUGAUGAAGUUGUGCUGAAGGAAGAGGAAAGAGUUGACUCUAGUGGUGAUGAAGGUAGUUGCAGAGAAGAGGCUGCUAGUAAGGUUGGAAGUAAAAGAGCAUACCAUGAAAAUAAUGACCGGAAAUCUUCUUCACCAAAACAUGGAGAUUCAGGGGAGCAGCCGGUGGGUGUAGCAACUAAGAAGGGAAGAACCACCAUGGAAGCUGAUACAAAAGCAUCUUCCUCAAGCCAGAAGGAACAGGACGAUCAGCUUGAAUCUGCAAGAGCUGAGAUGGGUGAGGUAAGAGAAGAAAAUCAAAGGCUAAAAAUAUAUUUGGAUCGCAUAAUUAAGGAUUAUCGGACCCUUCAAAUGCAAUACUAUGAACAAGAAGAAACAAAGAAAUCUACAGAUACUACCGAUGAUCAUCAAGGAAUUGAAGAACAUGAGCUUGUGUCUCUUAGCCUUGGGAGAAAUUCAAGUGAACCUACAAGGGAUGGGAAGAGUAAAACUUCUAGCCAAGGGAAAAAUCACGAUGAGCAAGCUGAAGAAAGCCUCUCUCUUGGAUUAGACUGCACAUUUGAAGCGUCUAAAUCUGAUACGAAUGAGACUGUGCCAAAUCCAAGCCCCAUGAACAGUUUUGACGAGCCAAAGGAAGAAGCUGGGGAGGCGUGGCCACCUAAUAAACUUCUCAAGACAAUGCAAGGAGGAGAUGAUGAAGUUCUGCAACAAAACCCUGCAAAGAAAGCAAGGGUUUCUGUGAGAGCUAGAUGCGAUACCCCAACGAUGAAUGACGGAUGCCAAUGGAGAAAAUAUGGCCAAAAAAUUGCAAAAGGGAACCCAUGUCCUCGAGCAUACUACCGUUGCACAGUUGCAUCAUCAUGCCCAGUAAGGAAACAGGUACAAAGAUGUGUUGAAGAUAUGUCCAUCUUAAUCACCACCUAUGAAGGAACACACAACCAUCCACUUCCCAUUUCUGCCACAGCUAUGGCUUCUACCACUUCUGCAGCUGCUUCCAUGUUACUGUCUGGCUCAUCAUCGAGCUCUAGAGCUACAGGUCCCAGCACAUCAUCCAAGUACUCCAGCACCAUUGCCGCUGAUCUCCAUGGACUUAACUAUUAUCUAUCCGAUAACUCAAAACCAAAGCAAUUCUAUUUGCACAACUCUUCACUGUCAUCUUCAUCUCCAUAUACUACAAUUACUCUUGACCUCACUUCAAACCCAUCCAAUACUUCAUCUCAUUUCAAUAGCUUUACUACUUCAAGCUACCGCCCUACAAUUCAAAAUUUUGCUUCAACAAGCCUCAACUUUGGGUCCUCCGAGUCGUCUAAUUCAGUGACUUGGGGCAAUGGGUUCCUCGGUACUUAUGGAAUUAGUACUUCCGGCCUGUCUUACAACAGGAACCAACUUGGAACUUUAAAUAUUGGAAGACCAGCUAUGGAGAGUAGCAUUUAUGAUCAGUCCAGCUACCUUCAAAAGAAUAAUAACCCAGCAGCUGCUAGUUCUCAACAGUCACUACCAGCUGAUACCAUAGCUGCUGCAACCAAGGCAAUUACAGCAGACCCAAGUUUCCAAUCUGCUUUAGCAGCUGCUCUCACUUCAAUCAUUGGCACCGGAACUGGUGGUGCAAAUUUAGGUAUUGUUAAUAGUUUUGUUCCAAAGUCGAAAUGGGGACCAGUAACUAAUAGCUUCUCAUCAUCAUCUUCUAAUGGCAAUCCAUGUGCAACAAGCUACAUGAACAAUACGACGUCUUCAACAAACUCUCAAUCAGCUGCAAGUUUGAUGGCAAUAUUUGGCGGGCCACCUUCAUUGCCAUUUUCUAAUCCCACGAAUGCAUCCUCAUCUCCUGUUGACAAAAAAGAUCAUGCCAACUGA